AUGUUCAUCCCUUCUGUAUUAUCAGCCCUCGAGGCCCUAUUGAAGGGCCCAACCUGGUUGCUACGGAUAAUAAUAUCCAUAUUUGGCGGGAAAAAGUCCCCGCGACCGCCAAUACAACCCCGGACUUCAAUAUCCGAGUCUGAUUCACCAUACGAAAUCACUCACUUGCAGCGUCAGAGAUCAUAUGAGCGCACCCACUUGCAGCAGCAAGAAUCAACUCACCACUCGUACCCGCCACCACUGCGUCCAGCGGCCGAAUACCGUCAAUCCCCCUCCGCUCAUCGAUCUUCUUCCGCUCGUCAACCCCCUCCCGCUCAUCAACCCUCUUCCACUCAUCAAUCCCCUUCCACUCAUCAAUCCUCUUCCACUCAUCAACCCCCUUUCGCUCAUCAACUACCUUCGCAGCAUACACCCUAUCAGUCUCAUCGCCAACCGAGCGUACGAUUGCCUGCACAACCCACUCCCCUCAUAUCUCCUGAUGUUCCUCCGGUGAAAAAGUCUGUCCGAAGCAUUUCUCAGCGGUCGCGUCGUCUUUCUGGACCCGAAUUAGUACCUACAAGAACUCCAGAGAUUGUUGUAUCGCUCAUUGAGAUUGACCCCCAUGAAGCUGCCUAUUCUCUUCGUCUCAAAGCCAGAGAUGAAAGAGAUCAUAUGAAAAAAUGUUUCAAGCAGAUGGAUAAAGCGUCUGCUGACAACAACGAAAGGCUCGCUGAAGAGCUUUCCUUGAGGGGUGAGGCGUACAAAUACAAUAUGGUGCGCUUAGAUAAGGCAGCCAGCAAGAAGAUAUUUGAAGAGAAUAAUCCAGAACUCGGGUCCGACAUGAUUGAUCUCCACCGACUCUUUGUCUCAGAAGCCAAGUUAGCCUUUGCCAAGGCUGUUCAAGAGCUUCAGAACCGUGGAGAAUCGUCACUUCGUGUGAUCGUAGGAAGGGGAAAACACUCCGAAAAUAACAUCGCGAGGAUCAAACCUGCAAUUCGAAAAUAUGGGAAAAGAUUGGGUCUGCGUGUCGAAGUGGAUCCUCUCAAUGCUGGCCGCCUUGUUGUGAGUUUGUGAAUUUUAAUUCCAACUAACUUGAACGGCGAUCCUCAUCAUGACGCACUCACAUACUUUUUUAUGUUAUCCUUCCCCUUUUUAU